UCUUUAUGCUCAUCAAAUUCAACUCAUUCUCUUCAUACCUCUUAGAAAUAUGGCUUCUCUUUGGCCAAAUGUUAUAUGGUUUAUGGCAAUACUUUUCAUAUCCAAGAAUGUAGAAGCAAGUCAUAAACCCUAUGACUAUUCAUGGAGAAAAUAUUAUAGUUACAAGUCAUCCCCAAAGUCAGCACCAGCAUCUGCACCUUCUAACUCUAAUCAGUCACCACGUCAACCAUCUCCAUCACUACAACCACCAAACCAGAACUAUUAUACUUCGCCACCAUCACCUUCAGAAUGGUUCUCUCCUCAGCCUUCCGCAGUUCCUUCACCUACUUACAAUGACAAGAAUACUUCAAGUUCACCAACCAUAUCGCCAUCUCGAUACAAGUAUAGUUCCCCGCCCUCACCUUUAGGGAGGGCUCCAUCCCCGUAUCAUUAUUCAUGGGCAUCAUCUCCUCAAUCAUCGCCUGUACUUGCGCCUUCUUACCCUAACCAGUCCCCACCAUCGCCUUCAGAAUGGUUCUCUCCUCAACCUUCCUCAACACCGUCGCCUUCUUACUAUGACAAGACUCAAAGUCCACCGACUCCAUCACCAUUUCCAAAUUACUAUUAUAAAUCGCCACCUCCUCCAUAUGUUUACAACUCUCCACCACCGCCAUCACCAUCCCCGCCUCUUCCUUAUUACUAUAAAUCUGCUCCCCCACCGUCACCUUCUCCACCUCCUCCUUAUUACUAUAAAUCUCCUCCCCCGCCGUCACCUUCUCCACCUCCUCCAUACGUUUACAAAUCGCCACCUCCACCGUCCCCUUCUCCACCUCCUCCUUAUUACUAUAAAUCUCCUCCCCCACCAUCACCUUCUCCACCUCCUCCAUACGUUUACAAAUCGCCACCUCCACCGUCCCCUUCCCCACCUCCUCCAUAUUAUUACGUGUCACCACCCCCACCAUCCCCUUCGCCUCCACCCGUUUACUAUUACAACUACCCACCACCACCUCCAUCUUACUAAAAUUUUCACAUUAUUCUCUGUUCCAAAAACAUAGCAGUAUACUAUUGCCAAUUACCUCCGUUUGAAGUGUUAUUCUAUCUACUUUUCAUGACAGCUUUCUUUUAUUUGUCCAACAGAUCAUCUAUCAUUUGCAUGUACUUCUUUUGAUUCUUAUUUAUUUCAAUAUACGUAUCGGCCUCCUCUUACUAAUUUUGUUGGUAUGAGAUAAAAAGUUGUUCUGAAA